AUGUUCUCCGUUCUCCGCCGGUCCCUCUCAUUUUCUCCGCUCUCCUCCCGUCCAUUUCCCUUCUCGUCAAUUCGCCCUCGUCCUUUCCCGUCCCGUCCAGUCGCCCUUGUCCUUUCCCUUCCCAUCUCUCUCCUCUCGCCAGUUUCCCUUCUCAUCCCGUCGCUUUCGUCCUUUCCCUUCCCGUCCCAUCGCUUUCGUCCUUUCCCUUCCCGUACCGUCGCUUUUUUCUUUUCCCUUCCCGUCUCGUCCUAUCGUCUUUCUGGUGUUCUUUGCUCCCCUCCCAUCGCCCUCGAUUUCUCUGCCCCCCUCCCAUUACCCUCGUUGUCGCCUCUCCCUUCCCAUUGCCUUCCCUCCCCCCGUAUUUCCCCUUCCCUUACCCGUCGCUCCCUUCCUGAUGCUCUUUCUCUCGUCGCUCCCUCCCCGUCACUCUCUGUAACCCUCCCCUCCCUUCCCGUUGCUCUUGCUCUCUCCCCUCCCUUCCCGUUGCUCUUUCUCUCGUCGCUCCCUUCCCGUCGCUCUCUCUCUCAUCGCUCCCUUCCCGUCGCCCUCGAUGCACACGUCCUCUCACACCCCCCAUCUCCCACCGCAUCGCCUUCCCACUCGCCACGAAACGCCCUCCCAUCCCCCACCCACUUUCUCCUCCCAUCGCCUGCCUCGUCGCCAUCGCACUCGCCCUCAAACGCGCUACCCGUGCCCUUCCUCUCUCCCUUCCUCUCGCCCUUCUCCCCCACUCUCCUGUCGAGCUCGCUUUCUCCCCCCCUCUCCCGUCGAGCUCGCUUUCUCCCCCCCACUCCCGUCGAGCUCGCUUUCUUUUCCCCCUCUCCCAACAUCACCAUACUUGUCCCUAUCGACCUCUCUCCCACCCGUAGCGUCAAAAUUUUCGUCGUCCUCUCCCUCUCACUCCUCUCGCCUCCCUUCCGAAACACCCUCGCGUCGCCCAACCCCCACCCUCAUUUUUCCCCCUUCUUCCCGUCCUCAUUUCCCCUCUCGCCCCGUCACCUUCUUGCUCUUCCCUCUGGUCCCUUCCCUUCACCUUGGAACUCUAUGUUUUUUCCCGCGUAUGUUUUUCCCCGCGUACGUUUUUUUCCCCAUGGCAUUUGUUCCGUGUGA